AUGGGACAGGACGCUUACCUGUUUGGACCUGAACACCUGACUCUGAGAGCAACGAUCGAUCCAUUUUUGGAAAGGACGAAGAUGAAGGAGGCGUUUAGCGGGGCAACAUUUCAAUAUAGUCUCGACGAAAUGCAACGCACGAUUGCAGAGAUCGAAGCACAGGGAAAGACAGCGGUUAUCAAAGAACACACCUUUCAUAUGAUGGACGCAGGAACUCUCUAUACAAAUGCUGGCAUCGACACGAUCAAGCGUGAAAACACACUGAAAUUACCUCUAACCGAUAAGUUGUUGGAUCUUCCCGAAUCAGAGAGGGAAACUCUCCCUGGAUCACCGUCUUUUCCGAUUCCGAAUCCAACGAUACUUCCUGACCGCCUUUUAGCUACCUUCAUGCCCGUCUUAAUCAUCCGCCACCCAUGCCACAUGGUCUCCUCCUUCAGACGAGUAUUAACGCGAGUGUAUGGAGGAAGCUUUCCCGACGAAGACUCUCCUAUCGAUACACAAUACAAAUGGCAUCGGAUGAUAUAUAACUUCUACAAGGCUUGGUUCUCUACGCCAGAGGGAAUCGCGGCAGCCGGAGGGCCAGCAGUGGCCGAGCAUUUGCCUAUCGUUAUCGACGGCGACAAACUUGUCAAUGACGCGCAGGGGCAGAUGGAGACGUGGUGUCGAAUCUUGCACAUCGACGCGUCUGGGGUUCAGUAUACGUGGGAAGCCCAACCCCUUCCAGAAAAUCAUCCGAAAGCCUCGUUCAUAGGAACAAUCAGCAAGUCAACGGGGGUUCUUAAGAGCAAGGACGGGAACGAUAAAGUACCUGUUAUAGAAGAAGAGGUCCAAAAAUGGAUGGAAGAAACCGACGAAAAGACGGCGGAAGGAAUGAAAUUUUGGGUUGAGAAAACGAUGGAAGACUACAAUUACCUCUUGGAGCGCAGCAUCUAA